AAGAUUGACAAGAUUAAUGGAUAAGUGGAUAACAUCUAGUCCCUGUGCCUUAGUAGACUGACACCUUUCCCCCUCAUCACUCCUUCCAUCCAUCCCUUCAUUUUUCUCUCUCUCACACCUUGGAAUACAUGGUUACUGGCUCAUUAAAUGACAGAUGCAUUGCGUAGCUUGUCCUGUUUUCCUCUCUCUCCCUCUUUCCUCUCUCUCCCUCUUUCCUCUCUCUCCCUCUUUCCUCUCUCUCCUUCUCGUUGUCUGUGUGGCGACAGCAUGACUGCCUGCGUCAGCCACUAAAUGCUGCUCGCUGCAGUCAGAGGAUCGUGUGUGUAGUUCAGUGAGCCAGGGGGGGCUGCCUCCCGUCUCCUCUGCUACCCUACCCAGCAUGCAUGGAGGACCGACAGGCUGAAUCAUCCCACCACCAUCUGCAGACUGUGCCAAGAUAGCAGGUGUGUGUUGGUGGUCCUGUGGACGAGCAUGGAGUGUGUGUGUCUGAGGCAGGGUCCAGGCACCACUGUCCUGCUGCUACACACCUUGGCCUGGGCAUGGACAGGUGCCAUCGAACAUGCACCCAAAAUUGAUGGACGGCAUCGAGCUGCACUAACACUGAAAGAGAAUGUCACCCACAAGUUCAACUGCCAAUCAGAGGGUUGGAAUCCUCAUGCACCGCCCCUGCUGACAUGGUACCUCAACGGGGAGCGACAGAGACAGCCGUCGGACAAACGGACACCUGGGCGCCUGGUGGUGACGACAUCACAGGAGGAGUCUGGGCUGCUGAAGCCAGACUCCAAGCACAACAGCACCUUCUCUCUGAGAGCCAGGAAGUGGGAUAGAGAGCUGGUGUGUGCCGCCUCCAGCCCUCACAGUGGAGAGAGCUACAACGCCACCGUCACCCUCAAUGUGCAGUUCCAGCCAGAGAUUCUGCGUGUGAACGCUCACUACACUGAAACCUCAGACCCUGGCCUCUCCCUGGUCCUCUUUGCCUUGGUACGGUCCAACCCCCCUGCCCACAUCACCUGGGUGGACCAGUCCGGUCAGCUGGUGGCAAACACUUCAGACUUCCUCGUCCUGGACUUGCGGAGCUACCCCUGGCUGACCAAUCACACGCUGCGGGUCGCCCUGAGCAGCCUACCAGGGAACGUCUCCGUAAACGCCAGCAACAGUGUCGGUGCAGCUCAGAGCAACCUAGCUCUGGCAGAGUUCCUCCAGUCCAGGGUGGAGGUGCCGGUGCUGGGCAUCCUGACAGGGGGCGCUGUGGGCUUCAUUACCCUCCUCUUCCUCAGCCUUCUGGUGCUCUGCCUACUGCACAAGAACAAGGGCAAGGCCGUCAUCGAUGAGCCAGUCGAGAUUAUAAUGGCGCAAAAAUGUAUCGAAUCACCUAGUGUGAAGGUAGACAAGAUAAACCUACCCAGAGAGAACAUGUCUCUACCGUCCAACAUGCAACUCAACGACCUCAGCACCCUGCGUAAAGCACGAGAGGCCGCCAAACACCACCUUGGGGAGAAGAUGAGAGAGGAAGAGGAGGAUCUUUCUGCUGCCUACGCUGCUAGGGGCUUUGCCCGGUACCCCAUGGUGGGCUACAUCUAUAAGGUGAACAGCAAGAGCAGUGAUGAGAUCUGGCUCUGACUACUACGCCACAGUCCCACCACUGGGUGGUCAAACCACAGUGCAACCGGCCAAUAGGAACCUGUGAACGACUGCCAGUCAGCCAAUCAGCCGAUCCCGUCUUCAAAAAGGACCAAUAGAGAUGUUGAGAUGAUAACAGGCGCAGACUAAGGGGAACCUAUCAGGAAGAUACUGUAGGUAGCUAUCUCACUCUGAUGUUGUCUAGAUGAACCUAUUACAGCAGGUAAUCACAUUCCAACUUGAUUCAGUGAAAAUCAGAAACUCAGAAUAUCAAGUCCUAUGUUGAUUGGUUAGUAUAUUUCAAGCUGACAGGUAUAAAUCUGUAGCCUGGUUCUAUAUCUGUUUGUGCUGUCUGUCUGUUUGGUGUGACAAUAUGUCACAAACAGAUCUGGGACCAGGCUAAUAACUCUGACUGCCAUGGACUGAAUUAUCAAAGGGCGCAGUUGUAGAAUCAAGUUAAUACAUUUAGAUGGCUCUAAAAACCUAAACCGAUACUCAGUGUGGGAAGUAUACUGUACCAGUGCUUUAGAUGGUUUACUGACACCUACCACAUCUCCAUAUACUACAGUCUGUUGAUCACACACCAUAACCAUGAACUCCUGUUGGAUUACGGAAUGCUUAAUGUUCUUUGUAUAUCAUAAGAAUGACCAAAACAAUGUAUGUGAACUGAUAUAUUUCUAUGGAUAUAUACAUAAACAAUAGAUAUUCCUCUAAAAGUAUAUAACAUGUGUAUAUGUAUAUUUGUAUUCAUAUGUGUAUGUGUAUAAAAUACAUCUAAUAAAG